GGCUUGGAGGUGCCCCCCAGCAUGGCCUGGGUCUCACGUUGGAGUCCCCAGAGCCCACUACACAGAAGAUGGCUGCAGUGAGCUGAGCAAGGGGACCACCACUGCUGUCUCCAGUGGAGCCCAUCUUGUGACGACAGCAGGAUUUACAGCACCCAGACCCCUGCCUGGCAUCCCGCUCGCCCAGACUGGACACCUGGGAGGCAUCCCCGACUCUCCCACACCCACCGGCUGACUAGAAGCCUUCUGCAGGGGGUCCCAGUACUCCUAGCGGUGCUAAGACGAGAGGAAGAAGAAUACAAGGUGGAAGAGUGGUUGAGUCCCGGUACUUGCAGUAUGAGAAGAAAACCACCAAAAAGCCUCCUGCAGCAGAUGCAUUAAAGGCCAGUGGGAAGAUGCCUGAAGGUGGAAGAAAACCCAACCCAUUCCAGAAGAGCAAAGACAGCAGUGGAACUGGCAAAGGUGACCUGCAGUCUACCUUGCUGGAAGGGCAUGGCACUGCCCCACCUGACCUGGAUCUCUCGGCCAUUAAUGACAAAAGCGUGGUCCGAAAGACUCCACAGUUAGAAAAAACAAUGUCAAAGAAAGCUGAGUCAUCAUCAUUUUCUGCCUUGAGGAAAAAGAGCCCAGAUCUCUCCGAAGCGAUGGAAAUGAUGGAAUCCCAAACACUACUCCUGACUCUGCUGACCUUGAAGAUGGAAAGUGGUCUUGCUGCAUUCGAAGAAAAGGCAGAAAAGAAUUUAUUAAUAAUGUGCAAAGAGAAGGAGAAGCUCCAGAAAAAAGCUCACGAGCUGAAGCGCCAAUUUCUCCUCUGUCAGAGGAAGCGGGAGCUGGCAGGCGUCCUGGACGCGCAGAUCGAGAUGCUGAGCCCCUGUGAGGCCAUAGCCAGCUGCUUUAAGGAACGAUACAAGACAUUUGCGACGGCCCUGGACACCACGAGGCAUGAACUGCCCGUGAGAUCGGUCCACCUGGACGGAGACGGGCAGUGCUUCUUAGACAAGUUGCAGGGGGAAUUGACGACCACAUGCCAUCUGCUGGGAGAACUUGGCAUCAGCAGCUCAGAAGAAAACGCAAAGGCCUUGGACCUGCUGAGGGAACUCAAGGAAAUGACCCAAAAGAAGGAUCUGGAGCUCCAAAGGAGCUUUACCCAGGUUCUGGAACUCUCCGCCGAGGCGAGUAAAGAGGCAGCCUUAAUCAACCAGGAGGCCUGGGAAAAGGCCCAGGGCCCCAAGGCCACCAGCCAGUGGUAUUUCAAUCCUGAGGAGGCCACUGGUGGGGAAACUCAGGGAGAGCUAAGGAGCCUGCUCCUUUCGGGCCACGACGAGCCGUGAAUCCACACGCAGGCUGUGUCCCCAACUGGAGUGGGGACCUUCCUGCACACCAUGGGGAAGGAAGCACGUCCUGUGCCCCUUGUUUGGGGUGGGGAGAGGGGGUGGACCUGCAGUGACCCACAUAUGAUGUUCUGGAAACUUGAGCACUUUAUACACUUAGCCUAGCCAUAUAGUUAUUGUUUUGUAAGAUAGUCCCGUUGGAUAAUUUAACAAAUAAAACUGUUUUGCAGUUGA